CUGCAACCGGCGGGUCAUUCGUUUCCGUUACUACUUAACGUGGGUAUUUGUCGCUUUUAUCUAUCGUAGAAUUAUGUCUCCAAAGCCAACAGUUUUCAUUCAUGUUGUUAAAAGACUGAGUUCUUACUGGAGUAAUGUUAAACUGGGACCGCCGGAUGCCAUCCUAGGCAUUACAGAAGCCUAUAAUCGUGACACAAAUCCAAAAAAGAUCAACUUAGGCGCUGGUGCUUAUCGAGAUGAUAACGGCAAGCCAUUUGUUCUUCCAUCUGUUAAAGAGGCGGAGAGAAUCCUCCUGGGAAAAGAUUUAAACAAAGAGUAUGCACCAAUCAGUGGGAUAGCUCAGUUCUGUGACUUGUCUAUUAAACUUGCCUUGACUGAACAGUCACCAAGAAUUAAAGAGAAAUGUACUGCCACUGUACAGACAAUAUCUGGAACAGGUGCUCUAAGAAUUGGUGGAGCUUUUGUGAAUGCGUUUGCUGAACAAAAGCAUAUAUGGAUGCCAACGCCUACAUGGGGUAAUCAUAAACCAAUUUUCAUGCACAGUGGAUUAAACAUUCAUCAAUAUCGUUAUUAUGAUAGUAAAACGUGUGGUUUUGAUGUGGAUGGUUGUUUAUCUGAUUUAUCAAAAAUACCUAAAGGACAUUUUGUUCUACUUCAUGCAUGUGCACAUAAUCCAACCGGAGUUGAUCCAUCUUUUAAUCAAUGGCAAAAAAUUGGUGAUGUCUUAAAAUCACGUGAUUUAAUACCAUUUUUUGAUUGUGCUUAUCAAGGAUUCGCUUCCGGGGAUAUUGAUAAUGAUGCUAAAGCGAUUCGUUAUUUUGCCAAUGAAUUAAAAUUUCCAACUAUGCUGCUUACACAAAGUUUUGCUAAAAAUAUGGGCCUAUAUGGUGAACGUGUUGGUGCUUUCACUUUGUUGUGUUCAUCUGCUGAAGAAGCUGAAAGGUGUUUAUCACAGAUUAAGAUAAUUAUUCGACCAAUGUAUAGUAAUCCACCGAUACACGGGGCUCGUAUCGCUGCUGAGCUGAUGUCAAAUCAAGAAUUACGUCGAAAAUGGCUUGCAGAUGUCAAAACAAUGGCUGAUCGUAUUAUAACAAUGCGGAAAAGUUUAAAAGAUAAUCUAAGCAAAUUAGGAUCAAAUCGUGAUUGGUCGCAUAUUACUAAUCAAAUUGGAAUGUUUUGUUAUUCUGGUUUGAAUCCGGAACAAGUUGACAAGCUGACUAACGAAUAUUCAAUUUAUCUAACUAGAGAUGGACGUAUCAGUAUUGCUGGACUGUCAUCGAAAAAUGUUGAAUAUUUAGCGCAUGCUAUGCAUCAGGUCACCAAGUGAUUAAAAAUAUCUAUUCAACGGUACUGGUGGGUGAAGUAUUAUUCCACCACCAUCCAUCUCGAUCCCCCCCCAGCCGUUUUUCGUGAUCGAUCAGGUUUUAUACAUAUAUACAUACAUAUAUACAGCCAGUGCGCACAAAGUCGUCUAGGAGUCUUACGUUUUCCACUAUAUUUGUCUGUCAUUCCUGUUGAUGCGUUCCAUCAUACCCCCACAACACUCGUGACUAUUAGUAUUAUUAUUAUUAUUUUGAAAAAGUGUAUCCCAGUGACUUUGUAAAAAAGAUCACCGGUGUGAAAGUGAUUUUAUUAUUAUUGUUGAUUGUCUUUUUCAUGUGCCCCCCUCUGUCUCUCUCUCCGUGCCCCUCUUUUAUGAUUCGUUGAUUGAUUGUCUUUGUGCUCAACAAAUUAUAUGCAUAAAUUGUCUGAGAUAUUGUCUUGUCUUUUUUGAAAGUUGAAAUAAUCGUUGAAAUUGGCAAAACAUUGUGAUAUAAAUUUGUCUAUUGAUCAUCCAUCCUUCG